ACCUGUACAUUCUCUAUUUACAGACGCAUAUGCAUAUUCUAAACAUGCAAUUGUAUGUAAUUUCAUAAUAAAGAGUGCUUUGACGUACAAAGUUACUCAUACUGGUACCGUGGACCAUCAUGUCUUCCAACAAGCGACGAAAGGUUGACGCGCCAGACACACCACAAUCUGCCGUUAGUGCUAUAGCAGCUCGUCGACGCCUUAGAGGAACAACUCCUUCUUCUGGAGAAUCAUCCGCGGUGGAAGACUCUACACCAAAGGUAGGGAACGCGUUUAGCGUCCUCCAGGCUCUUAAAGGAGCCAACUCAAGCAUAAAACGAGAACAGGCCCCGGAAACUCCGUCAAAGGCCAAACGCAUCUCCAAUGAGAAGCCAAGAAGCGAGCAUCCAAGUGGGAGUUCUACGCCCAACAGAGUGGCCAACUACACUUCAUUCCGUUUAAACAAACAAAACUCGAGAAGUAAAGGGGAUGGAACACUGGAAUUGCGCAUAGGCGAAGGAGAGCGAUGUGUUAUCCAAGGCACGUACGGACUCAAAAUUAUAAGCGGAACAGUGACUGUAGCCGGUGCUACCCUUUCUUCGGGAGAAACGAUUUAUUCAAUUCAUGCCCCAGCUUGCCACGGUGUGCCUGUGAUUCGGACUUUGGAACGCUGCCAACUGCAAAUUAUUCCGGAGAAAUUGACGAGCUCUAUCCAGUCACUCGCCAGGCUCUCGCCCUUGUAUCGAGGAAUAUGGAACGACUCUGAAGGAAAAGAAGAGAAUGAGACGUCUAAAAAACAAUCAUUUCAACUGGUGUUUACUCCGGAUGACGCGUUGUCGAAGUCAAGUAUUCAAGAAUUAUCGUCACCCGCUGAAUGGAAUAAGAAACUAGGCAGCCUGGUCGAAACAACACGGCAGGCGGAACGCGGAAACGAUGCUAUUCUCGUUUGCGGUCCUAAAGGGGCUGGCAAAUCGACUUUUUCGAAGCUCCUAACAAAUCGCCUACUGACAUGUCACUCGAGUGGUGUGCCAAACACGAAUGGUCGCCAGAUCUCUGGCAUAGCAGUAUUAGAUUUGGAUCCAGGGCAGCCAGAGUAUACUCCAGCGGGCACACUGUCAUUGGUACAUGUCACAAAGCCCAACUUUGGAGCGCCGUUUAGCCACACGAGCCUGAAUGACACCUCGUACAAGGUUGUUCGAUGCCAUGCACUGGCAUCGCCAUCGCCGGCAUUUUCGCCUGAUUUAUUUUUGGACUGCGCAAAUGAUUUAUACGACACGUACAAGCGAACCCUGCGAAACUGCCCGCUGAUCAUCAACACACCAGGUUGGAUUCUGGGUACUGGCCUCGACUUGUUAUCAGAGGCCAUUUCACGAUUUGCGCCAGCGCAGGUCAUUUACAUGUCACACGAUGGCCCGGCUGAGACGGUUGAAAUUCUAGAAGCAGCAACGCGCAGAUCCUUUUCCACGUUACCCUCGCAGCCGGUAGACGUGUCCAUUCGAACGGCCGCUCAUUUGAGGGCCAUGCAAGCCAUGUCUUACUUCCACUUAUCGAAAAGCAAGGCUGGCAUUGCCGAUUUGGGGCUAUCCUGGCAUGCUCGACCGUUGACGUCAUUACGGCCGUGGCAAAUCCGCUACGAUGGAGGCGAAGCCGCAGGCGUAAACGGUAUUCUAUCAUACGACUACCAGGCACGACCUGAUCUGAUUGCGGAUGCCAUCAACGGUAUGGUCUUGGCGGUCGUGGUGAUUGAGGAUGAGCUGGCGCUGGACAAGAUUCGUUGCGCCAACAAGGGGGAUGAGGAAACUCAGUCCAGCGGCGUCGAUGCAUCUUACAUGUCAUAUUCGCGAGAGGGUUUACCCACCUUUCUCAAUGCGAGGGAUGGGGUUUUGGAUCCACGAUAUUCGCGUACGAUUGGCCUCGUACUUAUCCGAGGCAUCGACACUGCGUCAAAAAUGCUGCAGGUAAUUACGCCCAUACCGAUGGCAGACAUUGAAGCCGCUCGAGGGCAAGGGCAUCGCAUUAUUCUGGUCCACGGCAAGUUUGAUACCCCAACGUGGGCAUACAUGGAGGACGUCUACGAGCGGUCAAACCCAUUGGCUACGGCACUCCCAGACGACGAUGAGGUUACAAGCGGUGAGGAGGACGUCCAAGUUGACGACAUGGACGCCGAGGCAAAUGCCGACGGCAUGCCUUGGGUGGAAGUGCUGCGAGGUAACCAGAAACGUCCGGUAGGGUCUAGCGCAUGGCGCGUGAGGCGCGAUCUUGGUCGUAGCACAGGCGAUUGAGCAACACGAAAGCAACAGUCUUCUCAGUAACACCAAGAUACGGGUCUCAUGAGGGCUGGGGAAAAAAUGGCUGUGUCUACAUGCAGCUUGCCGCCAGUGCAUUACGCACCGAGAGACCGCCAUUAGCAUAGGAAGUGGCCCAUUUGCCCUGCCUGGCCUAUGAGAAACGGACAGGAUGUACGCGCGGUGCAUCAAGGGACGUUGGGUUACAUGCGGGAUCACCGCCUUAGCCAGUCGGCAGUUCUGCUUAGCGUCAAAUGUGGCAUGGCGUGAGGCCCGCCCAGCUGGGACAAGAUCUCCCGCGCGAGCGGAACCGAGACAACGACCGGUGAGAUGCAUGGCAGCCAUUUUAUUUCGCCGUCGGCAACGUGGACCAGAGAGAGAGGGGGGGGGAAGCGAUGGAGAGGGAACCAGCUCAACUCAGCUCCUGCGCGCAGCAAACAAAACUGGAUGAAUGAAUGGGUGGUGGAGCGACUGAAUGGCGCGCGCGCUGGGCUAGGAACCAUAGGCAUGUUGAAGGGAAAAGCGCCUGGCCGUUUUAACCGCAAGCUACAGCUAGGCCUAGACUCGGCAGUCGGUAGAGUUGCGACGAAUCCAUAGAACAGAGCUGUUAGUCAGGACAUGGUCCUGAACUAAACGCAAGAGUAAAAUAGACUACCCUGUCCUUUGACGGCAACUUCCACCGCCCAGUUUCUUCGCUGACUUUAUUUUUUCGACUAUUAGCAGUACGAAUCUCACUAACGAAACUACAGAAUGAGGCACAAGCGCGUGAUGGGAGCAGGGCUCAAGCAAAGCUGGGCCUGGAACCCUGGUCCCUUGACCGUUGAGCCCGCCUGCCGCCCAACGCCUUCGUCCCACCGGAGGUCUUGCGAGGCAUGAGCAUGCAGGACUGGGCGGGACUAGAACGUGCAGGGCUCCGUAG